AUGACCAAUACGAAAAUAAUCACCACCAGCAUAGAAGAAAUUCAUUAUGAUAUUCUUCUUCAAACCCUCUGCCACCUCGACGGCCAAUCCCUCGCUUUAGCAAGUUGCGCCACAUCUCAACUCCGUUUUGUCUCCUCCCACCCCGACUUGUGGCGACACCUCUGCCUCUCCAAUUGGCCAUCCCUAUACCACGCUCGCACCCUCCCUCUCGUGAGUUCUUCACCACGUCGCUUCUUUUCCGACGCCUUUCCCUUCCCCGCCUCCUCCUCGCUAGUCGACCACAACGACCUCCCCGUCGAACUCAUAUCCGCCGUCGAUCUCUACCACCGUGGCAUCCCAAUAUUUUCUUGCGUCGUCGAGACUGAUACCUCCUCUGCUUGGUUUCGUGCCUCCCCCUUCCUAAUUGAUGCACAGCUGGAAGGGUCGGACAUAUCACCUGAAGAUCUCACAUUAAGCUGGAUUGUUAUAGACCCAUCGAAGGGGCGGGCGGUUAACUUAUCAAGCCGUAGGCCGAUGGAGGUGAGAAAGCGGCCAUGGUGUGUAGGGGAGACAGUGGCACGGUUUACGACGGUGAUGGAUGGGUGGGCGGUUGGGCCAGUGGUGAUGUGGUGGAAGGGGAGUGGCGAUGUGAUGGAGGUGGAGCUGACGGUGGAGGACAUGGAUGGUGUUUGUGUGAGCGGGUUGGAGGGAUUGAGAUUGGUGAAAGCGGCGAUGGAGGCGGAGAGGAAGGGGAAGAAGGGAGAGGAAGAGGCAAAGGAGAUAGAAUUAUACCUGGCCAAUAAAAAUCAGAAAGAGGAUUUCCCAUGUUUACAUUCUUGUGGGCCUCCGAGGAGCACCGCUCGCGGGGUUCGAAUGCAGAGGGUACGGCGCACUAUCCCGUUAGGACAAAACGAUCGAAGGCCUCUUGCGCUCGACACGAACGGGUCGAAUGGUGGGCAGUUGGAUCGCGCAUCGAACUGA